UCCGCUCAUCGUUUCGUUUUUUAACUCUAGAUUUCGCUUAUUUCGUUUUAUAGAGGAUUUUACUCUCUUCUUCUCUGUUCUUGUGCUUCUUCGAACAAAAUCCUUAAAUUUUGGAACAGUUUCGUGCGAUUUCAGAGCAAAUUAGAGUCAUUUCCAACUCCCAAAGUCAUUCCCUCUGGAAAAGUAGGCCGAGAAAGCGGAAAACCCGUGGAAAACUGUGCUCAGAUCCACGGAACGAUUUCCAGGAGGAUAAUAAACAGCUUGCGCCUUCGAACACAUUUUUGCCAGCAGCUGCCGCAGUUCUCUCCUACAAAAACGCCCUCCUGGCCGAAACACGAUUCCCCAAAGUUGGUUUCCUUAAGUGCUCCAGUGUGUUAUUGCUGUAAAAUAGUUGGAUCGCUUCAAUCAUCCUAUUCUUGGCGGGUGUUGCUGGUUCGUUUUCAUGAAAAUCAGUGCGCCGGACAGAACUAUCUAUCGCAUGCACAUCGCAUCCCCCAGAUCGAUACCAUCAGACGCAUCCCACAGCAAAGCAAACAUAACAGCUGGUUACACUUCUGUGGUGUCUGCUGUGGAUCGAUAAAACGAGUGCUCCCGGAUCCGGUUCCAUCUGUUGAUGGUUCCACGGUAGCAUAUUCCAGUUCCUGCACACAGUUCUGCGAUGUUCCUGGCACCGUCGACCAUCGUGUGCCUUUGGUGUUGCUGAUUACCGCGAGGAUUAUCCCCGGAGCAUCAUAAAAGACCCCCGACGAACAAGGAAAAUCUUCUCCGACAUAGCCUCCCACCAGCGUUCUUUGCAACCGGCCAUCGAGCGCCGAAACUAAGGCAACUAAAGUGUGCUGGGAGUUGGGCUCGACACAUAACAAACAGCAGCAGACGCCGCCAGCAGCGCAGGAUUCAACUAGAAACGAGAACAGUCGUGUUCCGAGAACGGUUCCUUGCAGCGUUCACCUCACGCUGUUCGCCGUAGCUCCCCCGUGCGUGUAUCAACAACCCGAAAAAACAUCUAUUUUCUUUCUCAAAAUGGCAUCCGGAUCCGUGUCGGUCUCCACUGGAACAAAGUCCAGCAGCAAAACGGGAGUAACGGCCGGCACAGGAGGCGCCGUCACGGGCGCUGGAGCUGGUGGACGUAAAAAGUCCGGACCCAAGUUCGAGCUGUCCGAUGAGCAACGCCAGGACAUCAAGGAGGCGUUCGAUCUGUUCGACUCCGAAGGCACGGGCAUGAUCGACACGAAGGAACUGAAGGUGGCCAUCCGGGCGCUCGGGUUCGAACCGAAAAAGGAGGAAAUCAAAAAGAUGAUUGCUGAGAUCGAUAAGGAUGGUUCGGGCAAAAUCUCGUUCGAUGACUUCCUGCAACUGAUGACGGUCAAGAUGGCGGAGAAGGACUCGAAGGAGGAGAUACUGAAGGCGUUCCGGUUGUUCGAUGACGAUGAAACGGGCACCAUUUCCUUCAAGAACCUGAAGCGAGUGGCAAAGGAACUGGGUGAAAAUUUGACCGAUGAGGAACUGCAGGAGAUGAUCGAUGAAGCCGAUCGUGACGGGGACGGGGAGGUGAAUCAGGAGGAGUUCCUACGUAUUAUGAAGAAAACUAGUCUAUACUAAGCAGUAGCUAUUAGAGGGAUGACAGGGCAGGGGGCAGGUGAAGAAUCUAACCGUUUUGCAGGGGAUUCUUCCUUUAAGGAUGAAACCACGUUAAUUGCAUUUAAUGUAUCAGCAUUGAAAACAGGAAAGAAUUGAGUAUGAAGUGCUUUUAAGAUAGGAGGAUACUGCUUAAGACAGGCAAAUGAACGAAUUUGGUUGUUAGUUUAACUCUUGUGAGAUUGGUGCAGCUUCUAAAUGCGAGAGAGAGAGAGACGAGGAAAUGUCUAUUCCACCUAAUAAUUAACCAAAAACCAUUCCUUCUGGAUGCAUUUAAAAGCCGAACCAAAAGAUAAUAUCAAACAGAUCUAACGUAUAAGUUUGCUCUCUGUACUAAAAAAACCCGGCCAGCUAGCGAACGAGUAAUAGGGCGUCGUACUGAGCGCUAGGGGAUUUUUGAUAAGAAGCAGCACAACACAACACACACACAAACACAAACUCUUGAUAGUAAAGUAUAGGCUGCUCAGUUUCCGUUUUUGUGACAAACUAAUGAUUAUCUCUACAAACAGAGCGGACGGAACCGUUUACUCGUAUUCCUAGGUUAGCAAGGCACACAUCCACUUAAGAGGCUUUCUAAUGAAAGACUCCCAAAGCCAAAAGACAUUGCACAAACUGAAUUCGAGUACCACACACACGCCGCAACGCAUCACAUGCUGCACCGCCAACCAAAAGCCUAAUGUGGCACACGCGGGCGCGUGUACGCCAAUUGAAGGAAGCUAGCGUUCGUAAGAUAGAGACUCUAUUUACAAAAGCCAUUUUGCCAGAUCAUUAGAAAAGCGAAAGAUCAGCAUUUUUAGGGCUAAACAAACGCGGGGUUAUGCUCGUACGAUACGACACUUAAGGAUUUGUUGCCGGUUCCAUGGUUUCUGACUUUUCGCUGACAGCCAACAUUUUGCGCUCUCGUCACCAAGAGAGCGUGUACGUACCAUGGGUUCCGGUCCUGCACACAACUGCUCUGCUGAUCUGCUUUAGUGGCAGCAUCUUUUGCCAACCGCAACGAUUCGAUGAAGAUCAUGUAGAUAAGCCAGCCAGCUAAGCCAAAGCGUCGCAUACCAGUGUUGGCAGGGGUUGCCAUUACUAAUGCCCACGAAAUGACAACAUGAUAAUGCUAUACAAGCCAGAGGGGGUUGGAUUUUCUGCUGUAGUGUGUGUUUAAUUAACAAUAAACAAACAAAACUAUCAGGAAAGAGGAACGGAUCAGGAAGAUGUAUGAGGGAACGAAACCAUGAAUGAAAUAUGUUUGUGAAAACCGGAACGAUUGAAGUACAUCACACGCAGACCGAUUAUGAGGGAGGGUCCUUUAGGUAUGGUUACACAACACAAGCGAGUGUUUCAACAAAAAACGAAUCUUUAUCAAUGAUCACAAAUAUAUAGAUAUAUUUUUCUUCCACAAAAUUGGCUAUCCAUGCCA